AUGCGUGUAAUGCUUUCACUCUUCUUAAGCACAAUCCGCCUAGACUAUGGAUCUCAAGUUAACAAGAGAGGACUGUUACAUUCCCCAAAAACUGAUCUCUGUAAGAAAGUAUCAAGCUUUGAGCUUGAUGUUUCUCUAGUUCAUUGUCUUCCUCCAAGAUUUGAGAAGAUGGAGCAGUACAAAGAGAGGAAGUUUGUGUGCAAGUUCUGUAGCAAGAGGUUCCCUUGUGGCAAAUCACUCGGAGGUCACAUCAGAACUCACAUGAACAAAGAGAACUCAGCUGAUUCAGAAGAGGAUGAGCACAACAAGCUCAGAAUAGACGAAAAUGGAGGUCAAGCUAGUUACGGUCUGAGAGAGAAUCCUAAAAAGAACAAGAAGUUUGUGAUUCACAGAGACAUGAUGGCUCAGCAACAUCAGCAAGAACUUCUUUGUUGCAGAGAAUGUGGUAAAGGUUUCACUUCUUCUAAAGCUCUUUGUGGCCACAUGGCUUGUCACUCUGAGAGAGAGAAGAUUGUGAUGGAUAGUCAAUCUGAUACAGAAGCUUCUUCGUCUCCUAUCAGGAGAAGAUCCAAGAGAGCUGUGAAACAAUAUCAUCAUCACCACAAAGCUGAUGCAUUUGUCGAUGGUGGCAGCAUCAUGGAUCAAGCCGAUUCAGCAGCAUCUUCAGAUGCUUCUGAGAUUGAGCCGGAACAAGAGGAAACGGCAUUGUCUCUGAUGAUGCUGUCAAGAGACUCAAGUUUCAAGAAAGGACAUAACUUAGUUGUGAACUCUCUGGCUGAGUCAUCAGACAACAACUCUGUGAUUCUUGAGACUAAGUCAUCUUCAGGGGAACAGCUGAAGAUCUUAAAUGUGAAGAAUGUUGAGGAGUUUUGUAAGAAAGACAAACUUGGAGGAGUGGAUAAUAAUGGUGAUGUUAUGUAUGAUUCAGACAAUUCUGAUUCUGGAUACUUCAGGAAUGGACCAAAGAAGUUGGAAUCAGAUGUUUCUGUUGAUGGGUUCCUCAGGAACACUGGAUUUAACAAGGCUGCAAUGGGAUUCAACAGCUAUACAACAAAACAUGAUAAGAGCUUGAACAGGUUCAGGAAGGAAUGGUCAGGUUCAGGAUCCGGAUCAGGUCGUUCUUCUACAAAGUAUGAUCUGAGGAAAAGCAAAAGAGGGUUCCUUUCUUACGGUAAAAAGAAAAUAAAGUAUGAGUUCACUGAAUCUGUAUAUGACAGUGGUGAUCAGCUUAGCUUGGAGACCGAUUCUUGUGCGGACACAAACAGAAGUAUCAAGAUUCAUAGUAGUAAAUCCACAAUGGUGAAGAAUGCAAGUGGUGCAAAGAAGAAAAGCAAAGGUCACGAGUGUCCAAUUUGCUUCAGGGUUUUUAAAUCAGGACAAGCUUUAGGUGGUCACAAGAGAUCACAUUUCAUUGGGAGUCAAGAUCACAGGACUUUGGUGAUCCAACAACACCACCAAGUAGCUCAUGAGAUGCAUACACUCAUCGAUCUCAAUCUUCCUGCUCCUAUUGAUGAAUGA